AUGUCGAUUCCUCCACUCGUUUGCAGUACUCCUCCUCCACCCGACCAGUGCGAAGACGACAAGGAUCCUGGGGAUUUCGACUUAUCGUACAGUUUGUCACAAGAGGAUGAUGAUGAUGAAGACAAUGAUUAUAACUAUGGCAACUUUUCUUCCUUCAACCAUUAUGGAUCUAAUGAUAAACCACUUCAAAUCAACAAUCAAGAGGAUCCUAAAAGUAUAGACAAUGACACACACAAAGAAAUGUUCAUGGAAUAUCAAAUUAGCAAAGAAGCUGAACAAAGUAGCAGUAUUAGUCAAAUUAGUACCAAUGGUGUACAUGAAAACAAGUUGAAAGGUGAAGAAGACAUGAAUAUAGAGGAUUUAAAUUUAAAAUUGGAAGAAGAAAUUGUUAUUAAUGUAGUUGAAAAUAGUGAUGAAAAUGAGAAUAGUGACCAGAACACUGAUAGUAUAAAAGAUUUAAACAUUCCAUGUAACUCUAAUAAUAGCAGCCAGGAUGAUGAUAGCACUAAUACCUCCCCUUAUGAAAAUGUGAAUGAACCCACUCCCACAAAGGAAAUACUUAGAGAUUCAGAUGAGGCAGUAGUUGACCAAGUACUACCAGAUGACCAGUCUAUCGAUAUAAGUGUAAAGCAUGAGAAUACCCUUGGAGAUACAAAAGAAAAAGAAGUUGAUAUACCAAUCAUCACAAAUAAGCCCAUUGAAGAAGACUGUACUGUAGAAAACUUAAAUGAAAUUCCAGAAAGCUUUCAACAUUCCUUGAAUGAAUUUGAUAUUGAAUCAAGUGAAAAUAUGCAAGAUGAUGAGUUUGGAGACUUUGAUGAAUUCCAGUUUGUAAAUAAUAAUCCUACAGGUGUUGUUGCUAGUGUUGUUGACAGUUCCAAUCCAUGGGAGAAUAAUGAAACUAGUGAAGUGGACUUUGGUAACUUCACAGCUAAUUUUGAUGACAACAAAUCUCCUGUGGAAGACUCAGCUCAUACUGAAAAUAGAAGUUCACCUAGUGGAGAGCCCCAUGAGAUUGUGAAAGAGGAUGAUACCUGUGAAGAUGAUGAUUUUGGGGAUUUUGACGACUUCAAAUCAUCUGCUAAAAUGGAAUCAAAUGAAGAGCAAGGGGAAGAUCCAUGUCAUGAAAUGUCAGUACUCAAUUUACAGUCAACUGACAAUGAACAUCAUAUCAUGGAAUGUGUGACCAAAGUAUUAACUUCAGUAUUUGUUGAAGAAAUAUCAGAACCCAGUGAAGAGUUUGAGGGGAAACUAGAAUCAUUGCUAAGUGAAACAUGGGGACACUUGAUGGAAACUGAUGAGAGGCAACCAUACAUUGUGAACUGGAACAACUCUUUAGGACAGAAGACUCUCUUAAAAGCUUUGUGUAUAGACUCCAGAAACAUUCUAUUUGGACCAAAAUGGAGUAGCCACAUGCCAAAAUAUGCAGCAAACUUAAGUGUGGCGCCUCUUCAACCGCAGAAGCAAGCUGCCGCGCCAUCUAAUGUUAGUCAGAGUGAAACUAUGACUGAUAAACCAUCAAGCAAGCCCACCACUUGGUCUGACCCAUUCUCAUCAGAGGGCCAAGAAUUCACCUAUGCCGAAGCCCUUCUCCUUGACCUUGAACACCUAAUGGCCACCCUAGACCAAAUGGCUCAUAACCAUUCCACUCUCAAGAUAUCUGAGUUACUGUCACAUGCUUGUAACACAGAACAUGAAAGUGCUGGUGGAUCCAUAACGCCUAGGCCAACAGAUUUAGAUGUAUUUGAAGCUGCUAUGUCUACGAAGUCAGAGAAAAUAUACUCAAGUACAUUAAAUGUACAACCUAUACGACAAAUAAAUUUACCUGACACUCAUAUUUUUACGCCGACCGACUCUGAGAUACCCAGGUCUAAAACAAUACACUACGACCCCAGUCCGACAGUUCUCUUACCGCAGCCGGUUGUACCGGACCCUAAGAACAUAGACAACCCUCUUACACCAACUACAAGUCAAAUGGUUAAAGCUAAUACGGAGGAUGACAGCGAAUAUUGGGAGUUCCAAGACUUCAAGGGCACACCCGAGUCCAGUUCCUUGCCAGGUUUAGUAAGCCAACAGAAAGUACUCGACGAAAGCAAUGUGCACACAGCCACGACGGUUAAUGCAUUGCCCAAUCCCAGUGUAGCGUAUCAAACGCAGCUAUUACAGCCCAUUAAGAUAGAACCUGCAAUGCCUACACUAAACUGGCCUGACCCUGGUGAAGUGAAAGCCACAUUUGACGAUUUCACAGAUUUUGUGUCAAUAUCAACAUCAUUACCCGAAACACAAGACUAUACUAAACCACAAGACGUAGAAUUAGAUACUCAGUCGAAUACCCUCAAGUCUGAUAACUUCAAUGAUCUCAAAGAGAAAGUGAAAGUAGUUGCAGAAGUGAGCAAACCUGAGAAUGAGAGUUUGGAUGACGAUUUUGAUACUUUUCAAUCGGCACUACCCUCAAAAGCUACACAGAGCAAUAAGUUUAAAUCAAACACUUUUGGUGAUACUCAAACGCAUUUUGAGCAACCAAUAGAUUUCGAUUAUGCAUCUUCGAAAACUAACCAUAUGAAGUCUGAUACCAUAUCAUUUACGACUAUGACAAGACCAAAUGAAGCUUUAACAAACAAUGUAAGUUACAACUCUCAUAUACCAGAAUCUACGAAUAAGAUUGCAUUGUCUUCAAACACACCAGUACAAACAGGUCUUCUGCAGCCUACACCUGCGAGUUUUGCCCCUGUGAAUACACAAAAUCAACGAACGACUGGCCAAAUAUUGCAACCCUUAUCAUUAGAAAGCUAUUCGCAAAUAAACUGGCCAAGUCCUGGCAUAGAUUUGCAGGACUUGUCAAGGUUUAAUCCUGUUGAAACUCUACAAUCAUUGAAAAGCGAUUUAAGUGUUAGUGGUCUUAGUAAAGUUGCCUCACCAGUUCACACACAAAAAAGUACAACAGUCAGCCAGCCACCCGAUGAUGAUGUUUGGGGCGACUUUGUAUCGAGCAAGCCUAAACAACAACCUUCUCAACCGAAGAAACCGCCAGUUUUUGCGGAAGACGAUGAAUGGUCAGACUUUAUAUCUAGCCCGAGUGUAAAAUCCCAAAACGGACUAAAUACGAUAAGUUUAAAUGUGCACACUAACUCUAAUAUUCAAAAAACAGUUCAGAAUAAAUUUUCAAUGAAAAAUAACCAGACCCCUGUCGAUAUUCCGACAUUAAAUUAUAUAACUCCGAAAUCCAACCCUCACAAGACAUACAAUGAUAAACAUUUCCAGAACUUAUAA